CGGACGGUCGGUCGAUCAGCAACAGUUGUGCGCCAGAAGUCGAGCAACGCGGGCUUAAAGUCAAAACGCGCAGUCCAACGACAAACGACACACGAAAACCGUACGGGGCGUAGUUUUGAUUGUUACGCAUUGAUUGUGUGAAAGAGUUGUGAACGAGCGACAAUCGAUAAAAAAGAGCUGUUUUUCUGCUUCGAAGCGAUCGAAAGAGUGAAAUAAGCUGAUCGGGAAAACGUUAAGAAUUGACAAUCUGUGUUGAUAAAAACUGUUUGUAGCCAGUGUAGGCGCGAAUUUUGGUGCAAGUUUGACUGACCAAGGUGUGAUAGAACAUUGUAUUGUAUUAACUAGUCAGGGUGUGCUUAAAAAGUGAAAAUGAUGAAAUAUUUCUUAGUGCUAGCGACGGUUGUUGCACUCGGCCAAGCGCUUCACUACGGUGACGAGGGCAUCGACGUGAAGAUCAAUGUGGAGAAAAAUUCCAACUCCUACCUGACCGGCCGGCUGCCGCAGGGCUCGUUCGAGUACGGGCUGGACGUGGUGAAGCAAAAGGACAACCAUUUCCAGCACAAAGUCAAGGGCCCGGACGACGUGACGUACGGCUGCUACGGCUUCGUCGACCCGGACGGUAAGCCCCAUCUGGUGCACUACGUGUCCGACCUGAAGGGGUACCGCAUCGUGCCGCCAGAGUCCGCCACCAAGAUCUACAUCUCGCGCCUCGAGCGUAGCAUAAACAACGUGUACCAAGCGUCCCAGGAAAAGAACGUCCAGUGGAAGGAUCUGUUCUUCCCGCCGGCCUGCAAGCAGCUGUACACCGAGACGAAGGUUGCCGCGCCACCAACCACCCCACGACCGACGCCACCACGCACGCCCUCGACAACGCGUCGCCCCGCUCCUACCACCCGCCGUACGACUCCGGCCCCACCGCCACCGGCGCCAGCCGAGCCCGAGUUCACCGCGUCCAGCAACCUGUGCCCGUCGGUUGUGCAGGCACCGCCGGCCGAUCUUCGGGCCGCCCAGCCCGCCUGCUCCUCCGUCUGCGGUGAGCUGAAGGACGAGCUGAAGGACAUUAAGGCGAAGCUGAAGACGCUGCUGGACACGCUGGCGGAAAAGCCGAAGGGUAGGGCGGGCAAUGGUGGGGGCAAGUUUGCCUACUUCCCGGUGAUGCUCAGUGACGGACUGCCGGACGGUGUCGAUGCCAGCUCGGCCCAGUUUGCGUUCCCGGCCGUCCCCCAGCAGUGCGGUCGACAGUGAGAGGGAAGGAGCGGGGAAGGGGUGCGACACCACCAGACAGGGUUUGCCUUUGUUUUUUUGUUAAACAUUGUAAGGUGUAGAAGUUAGCUGUGUGCAAUCGAGUCAUAUGCUUAUGUGUUAAGGGCUGUUAGUGGGUAAGUUAGUGGCAGCAAGCUGUUCUGUAAGAUAUGUUUGAAUAAAGAGGAGAAAACUACUUUUUU